ACUGUAGCUCACAAGACAUAAUUCCAUAUAAUGUACAUUGUAAUUUUACACAGCACAACGACGAAAGUUGAGAUUGUCGUGACGUAGCCAAGGGGCCGGCUUGGGAGCGGUUUGAUCGCACAGGAAAGAGGUUUACAGCCCUGGCGAAUCCAUCUCAGGAACAGUGACCGUUAAAGUGGGCCAAAAGCUACCCUGUAAAGCUAUUAAGGUGAAUUGUAAUGGUUUCUGUGGCAUCACCAGUAAAGUAAACGAAACAACAUGGACGGUGGAAGAACAGUACUUCAAUAAUACAGUCUCUGCAGCAGACAAAGAAUGUUUAUAGAGAUGACACCCGGGCUUUAAGCAACACAUUUCGGGGUCAUUGUCCCCCAUUACCCGCAGAUGGGACCAUCUCCAUCUCGUUGCGUUAUGGUACUCUGAAACAAGGAAAUCACACUUUUCCCUUCAAGUUUAUGAUUCCAGGCUCUGCUCCAACAUCAUUUGAGGGCAAUUAUGGUAGGAUACUAUAUCGAAUAAGAGCUUUCAUUGACACACCACGCUUUACCAAAGACUACACCACAGAGAAAGUGUUCUACCUGUUGGACCCCCUCAACCUAAACAAGAUUCCAGACAUAUGGGGACCUUGCUCCUCUUCAGUGAUCCAGGAGUUUAGCUACAUGCUAUUAAAAACUGGCACAGUGAUCCUGAAAGCCCAGAUUGACAAAAAAGGUUACACACCAGGCCAGAUUAUUCAUCUGUCAACUACCGUCCACAAUAAAUCUGAGAAGAGGACAGGCAACAUAAAAGCCUCCCUGAUGCAGAGAGUAACCUAUCAGACAAAAAGACCUAUCCAUGAUGUGAGGGCCAUUGCAGAGUUGGAAGGAGGUCAAGUUAAGGCUGGCAAGGAGUUGGAGUGGAAGGAGCAGAUAAUUGUUCCUCCUCUUCCUCAGUCGUCCCUUUUUGGCUGUGAACUUAUAAAGAUUGAAUACCUUGUUAAGGUCAGUUUGAAGUCUCCAAAUGUCCUCUUGACGUUACCACUCCACAUAGGGAAAGUUCCUUUGGACGACAAGUUCCGGCUGUCCAAAAAUGAAGAUUGUCUGUCUUCUGCCCUUGUUGAGGAUUCAUCAUCUACCUCAGCUUCUACCAACGCAUCGAUUUCAUCUUCUGUUGCCUCAAAACCUGGGCCUCGUCCUGCUCCUCGGUCCAGACUUUCAUAUCGUGAUACUCCAAGUGCUCCGCCGGCCGAAUUUCACCAAGCAGCUGCUGAUGUUACACCUAUGAGUGGCAGCUUGACCCACAGGUGGCACUCCCAACAUGUGUCGCCAAGUGGAUUUAGUUAUGCUCCUGGCCUCUCUUUCUCUAACAGCCAUCAGAAUCAGACAGGCUUGAAUCCUGAAGGAACUCCAGGCAGUGGUUCCACAAGGACUGCAGCUCCUCUUUCCAGUUUGAACACUGCUAGCCCAGUGUUAACGCCAAUUAUCCUUCCUCCACACUACGAGACCUCGACAUACCCACAAGAUGCUCCUCCUUCCUAUGAUGAAAGUUGUAACACAUAAUCUGAUUGAAGGAACAGGAAACAUACUGGGAUGACAACGUCAAAUGGUGGACGUAGCGGCAAUGCAUGCUUACAAAUGGAUCAGAUUUGUUAUCUUGCAAGACAAAUUUGUAUUUUGAAUAUACUUACGUUUUUUUCUCAUAAUUUUCAUUAGAACAGGUCAGAGCUUGUAUAAUGUAGUAUUCAAUUGGAAUAUUAAAAGUGAAAUGGUUUUCUUUGCCAUUGGUGUCAAGAGUUGACCUUUUCAAUGUCUUUAACUGUUCUAUAACUGAGCAUAAUAUGUAAUAAUUGAAGCACGUGAAGUAACAAAAAUCUUUGUCAGUUUGAAUUGCACUAGCUCAAUAAAACAUUCUUCCACAAACGCAGUCACACUUGACUCGCGCU